CGCACAUCCGGGUCACCUCCGAAGAGGUUGGCAAGACAAGAGUCUAGUUGCGAACUCCGAAAUAACAACACGGUGGUUGUCAGCAUUAAAAAGAAGGACUGUUGUUACAAUUGCCAGAAUAAUUGAAAAACACUGAGGACUUGGUGAUAAAAUAAAUAUUCAAGUGCUGCAGGAGGGGAAAAAAAGUGGCGUUGCUAUUUGCGGACUCUGUUUUGUGAAGCCGGGCUGUCACUGCUGAACGGCUGGGGGCUGGCCUCCUCGCUUCUUCUCUGUCCCUUCGCUCGCCGGCUCGCCCAGAGCUCUUUACUGUGAAGGAGCUGACAAAAUUAAAAUUACUUUUUACUGGACCACAGAAUAUAAGGAUCAAAAGUAAAUUAAGGAAAUGGGGACACCUGGAAGUGGAAGAAAGCGUGCUCCUAUUAAAGACAGAUUCUCUGCAGAGGAUGAGGCCUUGAGUAGCAUUGCACGGGAGGCAGAGGCCCGACUUGCUGCUAAACGAGCAGCUCGAGCAGAAGCAAGAGACAUUCGAAUGAGAGAACUAGAACGUCAACAGAAAGAGCAUUCUCAUCGUUCAUCUGAUAAAAAAUGGGGACAGAUCCAUCAGUGGAUGGAAGAUUCUGAAAAAGCCAAGUAUGGUCAUCGGUCAAUCAGCCACCAUCACAGGGGUCAUAGUGAUGACAUGAAGUCAGUCCGUAGUAUUGGAAGCUAUAGGCACUCCUCCUCUUCUUUGUUAGAUGUGGGUGGGUCCCACAAGAGUAGAGCCAGCACACCACGGAGAAGAGACAAUGUGUGUGACAGCUUAAGGGAGAAAUCUUCCUUGAAACACUCAAGAUCAUCUAGCUCAGCACACAGUGAUAUUUAUGGCCUUAAGAUGACACCUGUUUCGAGUAACUCCAGGAAAGACCUUUUGAGUGGGUUUUACCAUGAUCACAGAAACUACAGCAGCCUAAAACAUUCAAAACAACUUUCUUCCUUCCAUUCUUUGUCACCUUCCUUAUACAAUGAACCUGUUACAACUGCUAGCAAAAAUUAUAGGGCAUCAUCUGCUGGAGAUACUCGUCUGACACGAAGCUACAGUUUGGCCUCUUUGUAUGAUGAAAGUCUGUAUGGUUCUUUUGGUUCCAGAGCUCCCUCAGAAUAUAGCUACUGUUCUUCAAGAACACACUCUGCUCGUAACAGCCCUGUGUCCUCAGAUGAUGAUACAGCAAGCACUGUUUCUCAAGAGUGUGCUGUUCGUGGUCGGCGGGACAGUAUGUCUUCUGACUUUUCUGACUUCAGUGAAUCAACUGCAGAUUAUUUUAGCCGUUCCAAUCGCAGGGGGAGCAUUGUAUCUGACAUGGAUGAUUUUAGUAUCCCUGACCUAGAUAGUCUAGAUGAAAAGAGUGACAAGCAGUUUACUGAAACAUUUUGUCGGCCAAUAUCACGUACUGCCAUCCCUGGACUUUCUACUGCUACUUUGGCUUCAAUGGGCGGUACAUCUUCACGGAGGGGAAGUGGUGAGACAAGCAGUAUAGCAGAUCCAGAUGCAUCACUUAGUGAACUUCGGGAUAUCUAUGAUCUUAAGGACCAGAUACAAGAUGUAGAGGGGAGAUACAUGCAGGGACUUAAAGAGCUCAAGGAUUCAUUAUCUGAAGUGGAGGAAAAAUACAAGAAAGCAAUGGUCUCCAAUGCACAACUGGAUAAUGAAAAGGCAAAUUUGAUUUAUCAAGUGGACACAUUGAAAGAUGUGGUUGAGGAAAUGGAAGAGCAAAUGGCAGAAAUGCUACGAGAGAAUGAAGAGAAAUCAAAGGAAUUAGAAAGACAGAAACACACAUGUAAUAUACUUCAGCACAAAGUAGAAGAACUUAAAGAGGGCAUCCGACAGAGAGAUGAACUUAUUGAGGACAACCAGCAUAUGAAACAAAAAAUAGAUUCUUUCACGAAGGAAGUGUUUGAUCUUCAAGAAACAAUUAACUGGAAGGACAAAAAAAUUGGGGCUCUAGAGAGGCAAAAAGAAUACUUUGACUGCAUUAGGAAUGAGCGAGAUGAGCUCAGAGAUGAGUUGGCUGACAUCAAGGAAAAAAUGAAGAAAGGAGAGAAACAUGGGAUGGUGAUUAUUCCUGAAGGCACUCCAAAUGGUGACAUUAACCAUGAACCUCUGGUGGGUGCAAUAACUGUAGUUACACAGGAGGCUGCACAAGUACUCGAGUCUGCUGGAGAUGGCCCAUUAGAUGUAAGGCUAAGAAAACUUGCUGAUGAAAAAGAUGAACUUUUAUCUCAGAUACGUAAACUUAAGAUGCAGUUGGAAGAGGAAAGACAAAAACCCUCCAAAAUUGACAGUGUGUUCACAGAUGGUGAACGCUUAGAGAAUGGCACUGACUUGCAACUAAUUGAACUACAGAGAGAUGCCAACCGACAGAUUAGCGAGUACAAGUUUAAACUUUCCAAGGCAGAACAAGAAAUUGGCACAAUGGAACAAAAUGUUAACAGACUUGAAGGUCAAGUAGCUCGGUACAAAGCAGCAGCAGAAAAUUCAGAAAAAAUUGAGGAUGAAUUAAAAGCAGAAAAAAGGAAACUUCAAAGAGAGCUGAGAACAGCAUUGGACAAGAUUGAAGAGAUGGAGAUGACUAACAACCAUUUAGUGAAGCGGUUAGAAAAGAUGAAAGCAAACCGGAAUGCACUUAUGUCACAGCAGUGAACUGGAGAAGGGAGUAUUUGGCCACAGACGCACUGCAACUUAAGUUAACAAGCCCUUAAGUUCAUGUCAUGAACAAGAAACUACUUCUCAAAGCACAGACAUUGUGGAGUACCAUGGAUGCUGUUCACUGAAUUUAGGAAGAAUAUUUUACUUUUCUAGAAAAAUCUCUGGCCUACUUUUAUUUUUAUUUUUUUUGUAAUUUAUAUAUGAACAAGAGUAUUGGGGUCAGCAUCUUUGUUUGAUAACUGUAAUCUUUCUCCCCUGUAUUAGAAAUCAAAAAUCAGGUGUUCAUUUUCUAGAGAUGGCGCUGAAUAACAUUUUCACGGCUUCAUACAGAGAUUGAUUAACUAAAUCACUACCUUUUUAUUUUUUGCUGCUUGGAUGAUGCUGGGUGCUUGGAUAUUUUUAUGGAGUGCAUGAAUACUUUGGGACACUAUUUUGCUUGUAAAGUGUAAAAGAUACACACAGCUUAUAUCACUGUACCCAAACAUAAUAGAACAGUGAAUUCAAGUGCCUUUAACACAGUGCAAUGAGACUUGGUAACACUGCAUUUGAUUAUAAUAAUAAAGAUGCUGGUACAAAUAAUGUAUUUAAAAUAUGGUGCAGUUGGGGAAAUUUAGAUUCACUAAAUACCUUUUCUGCUUUUGAGAUUUGCAAAAAAGGUGAUGUUAUUUAAAUUUUUUUGUUAAAAAAUGUAAAGAUGAGUAACUGUAUAUGUACAAUGGCUGUCUUGCAUGGGUGAUGGCACAUUUAAGUUUUGGAUUCUGUGCAGGAUAUUAGUCCUGGUGUCCUUAAUUUAAACGUAUGCUGGAAAAAAAGUGCUGUACUUUUUAAAAACUGUAUUCUCUACUGCUUGAAUGGGAAGCAGUUUAAGUCUCAGGAGCACAAUAUGUUUGUGUCUGAGGCAGCUAAACAUUAAAAGAACACUUUAUAAAGGA